AUGUUGUCGUCUGUCAGAGGAAUCGCUGCCCGUUCCGUGCGGCCAUUGACCGCUUCUACUGUCCGUCAAUAUGCCUCAACAUCACAUAUCUCGGCAAAGGGAUCAUCACGCAAGGCGGCGGCGGUUGAUUCAGGAAAGAAGCUCACCAACUACGGCAAGGACUUCCGCCCACAAAAGACCUUUUUGCACCACGCCUACUCCAGCAUUCUCAAUAACAACCGCAUCAUGCUGAUCUGCCAACACAACAACAUGUCCGUCCCCGAGCUGAUCCAGCUCCGCACAGAGCUCGCCGCUGCCGGUGCUGAGAUGAAGGUCAUUCGCCUCGGUAUCUUUGCUGCUGCUCUCAGGGAAACACGCUACGCCAACCUGGAGCCCUUGAUUAACGGACCUACUUGUGUGAUCAGUUGCAACGUCAGCCCGGAGGACGAGGAGGCACAGUCGUCGGCCAAGGUGCCCAAGGGUUUGACAGGAAUCCGCAAGAUUGUGGAGAAGAACCGCAAGAUGAUUUUGCUCGGAGGCAAGGUUGACGAUUCUUUGGUCAGCGUGGACGAUAUGGCCAAGAUGGUCGAGAUGCCUGGUAUCCAGACUCUCCGGUCGCAGGUUGUUGGUCUUUUGAGCCAGGCUGGUGGUGGACGCCUUGUCCAGCUCUUGGGUAUGAACCCUACCCUGUUGGUGAUGAACUUGGAUGCCCAUGCCAAGUCUGGCGAUGCUGCCCCCGAGGCAUAG